GCUACGUUGUUGUAUGCUAACCCCGAGCUGCUCGAGUCGACUAUACAGCGGUUUUAUAUGUAGUGACGAUAUUUAGCGAAUUAAAACAAAAUUAUGCCUCCGAAAAAGAAAGGCACAAAAGUAAAAAAGGCAAAGACCAGUGCUGUAGUCGAUGGACUUUCGACAGAAGACAUGUCGAAGGAGCAGCUGGAAGAACAUAUUAUCCGGCUGCGUGAGGAGCUGGACCGAGAGCGAGAAGAGCGCAAUUACUUCCAGCUCGAAAGGGAUAAGAUCCACACCUUUUGGGAUAUCACCAAAAGACAACUAGAGGAGAAGAAAGCUGAUCUGAGGAACAGAGACAGAGAAAUGGAAGAAGCUGAAGAGAACCAUCAAACUGAAAUCAGGGUGUACAAGCAGAAGGUUAAACACUUGCUGUAUGAACAGCAAAACACCAUUGCAGAGAUUAAGGCAGAGGGCGUGGUCGCCACCAAGAUCCUGGAGAAAGAGCAGACAGACCUGGAGAGCGGGCUGCGGAGAGGCAUGCACAGCCUGAAAGUGGAUCUGAAAGAACAGGAGCUCUCCACCGAGAACGUCAUCAGGAACCUAAAACUGAACCACGAUAAGGAAAUCACCAAGCUGAGAAGUGAAUUUGAGGAAAAAGUACAAGAAAUUGAGGCUACAUAUGAGAAGAAGAUGCAAAAACAGCGACAGGAGCAAGAACUGAGACACAAGACCGAAAUCCAUGAGAUUGAGCAAAGGAAGAGCAUCCACGUUAACAUGCUGAUAAAGAACCACGAGAAAGCGUUCAGCGACAUUAAGAACUAUUAUAGUGAUAUCACUCUUGGGAGUUUCAACCAAAUCAGCUCACUGAAGGAAGAAGUGGCUGACAUGAAGAAGAAGGAGGAGAGGCUGGAGAAGGUGAUGGCUGAGGUUCUGCAGCAGAACAAGCGUUUGACGGAGCCACUGCAGAAGGCCACGCAGGAAGUGUCGGAGAUGAAGAAACAACUCGCCAACUAUGAGAAGGACAAAGCCUUACUGGCGAAAGUGAAAGCACGGCUCAAAGUGUCCGAUAAAGAGCUGAAGGACCUGAAAUGGGAGCAUGAAGUGCUGGAGGAAAGAUUCAUUAAGGUGCAGCAGGAGCGAGAUGAGCUGUACCAGAGGUUCAAUACCGCCAUCCUGGAGGUGCAGCAGAAGAGCGGCUUUAAGAACCUGCUUCUGGAGAAGAAACUCGAGGCUCUUACAAACAGCCUGGAGAAGACCGAGGCACAGCUUAAUGAGGUCCUCGCUGCCUCCAAUUUAGAGCCCAGUGCCCUGAACGUGGUCACUCGCAAACUGGAGGAAGUGCUGGACUCGAAAAACACUGCUAUUAAAGACCUGCAGUAUGAACUGGCUCGUGUGUGUAAGGCACAUAAUGACCUGUUGAGGACAUAUGAGGCGAAACUGAAGGCGUUUGGCAUCCCCAUGGACGAACUGGGCUUUAAACCACUGGAGAGCAGCUUAGUGAAGCAGACCCUGGGUCAGGGACCAGCCGGCCUGGUGUCUGCCCCUCUCUGACCUCACUGCCUUAAACAUGUACUCUCACGUCAACCAUAAAGCCCUGGGACUCGUCUGAUAUUCAUCCUGUUGCAAAAAAAAAAACGCUGCUAUCUCUCUCGCUCACUUUCUCUUUUAAGAAAGAAGCAAUUCUAAACCAGUCCUAAUAAAUGUUUUGGAAAAAGGAAUACUUUACUGUCCUACCACCUGUUUAUUUGCCACUUUAAUAGGAAUGGAUGCACACUCAGCUGGACUGUCUCAAGCUGUAUGCUGUGGAAUUCACACGGGGGCUAUGAAAACAUUCCCCAUACCAUUCCAGCACCAGCCUGAACUGCUCUCACAUGGCAGGUUGGGUCCAUGGACUCGGGCUGACCCUGUGUCUUUGCACAAAACCAUCCUCUGAAGUCACUGCAGUACUGUCUUAUGUGAAACAUUUGACCGUAUAUAUAGUAUAAUAAUAUAAAGCUGAAAUAAAUUACAGAUUUUGUGA